AUGCCUGAGAAUCCGGUCACCAACGAGGUUCCACGAGCUGGAGAAUCCCGUGUUAACCAGCACGAGCGGGAAUUCCCCGGGUGCUACCGAGUGGACCAGAACGAAAGCGGCCGAGAAGUUUAUUUCGACGACAAAUUCAUCGGGCGACCACGUGAGCCGAACAUUUCGCGACCAGGACCAGAUUUGGCGCCACUUUACUCGCCACGGGUAUCCUGGUUCCCUACUAAGACAUCAUCCUCCGGAAUCAUCCUCGAACUAGUAGCGGUACGAUCAUCCCGUGAGCAACGGGAUCGGGGAUCCAGAAAGAGCCACCGUCAUCUAAGUAGGUCUCCUCUCCCUCCGUUCGUCGUUCAUCAAUGGGCCCCAACAUGUGACAUCCAGCGCUGCAUCGAGGAAUCGAGCCAGUAUUACAUUCUUCUCCGUUCUUUGACGCCUUCUGGUGGUUCCGCUUCGUUUCGGUUAUUCUUAGUUCUAUCGGCCGUGUUGGCCCUUGCGCUUGGAGCAGCUCUGGAAAAACCUGCCCAGGAAGCGGAAACGGCGAAGGAAACAAAAACCUCAGAAAGUGCUAAAGUUCAGGGAAAACGUGGCUUAGAGGACUUCGGAUAUGGAUCAGAACCAAUAUUGGAGGGUGGAUUUAAGCCUUCUUUCGGUUAUGACACGGAUGGACAUGGUGCUUCUGAUCGGCUUUUCAAUCUUUUCGGAAAGGAAGAAACACAUCAUACAGUGAUCAAAGCAAUUCCUGUUCCUUAUACAGUUGAGAAGCACGUGGUUCAUGAAAAGAAGGUACCAGUUCCAGUUGAUAAUCCAGUUCCUUACCCAGUGACUGUAGAGAGAAAAGUUCCAGUGUAUAUUGAAAAGAAAGUUCCAGUCCAUGUUGAUCGUCCAGUCCCGUAUCCAGUAAAAGUUCCAUAUCCAGUGACUGUCGAGAAAAAAGUCCCAGUUUACAUUGAGAAAAAAGUGCACGUAGAUCGUCCUGUGCCGUAUCCGGUCCAUGUGGAAAAGGAGGUUCCAGUGUAUGUGGAGAAAAAGGUUCCAGUGUACAUUGAGAAGAAAGUUCCGGUUCACGUUGAAGUGAAAGUACCGGUAGUUCAAAGAGUCGAAGUUCCUGUGCCGAAACCAUACCCCGUUCAUGUACCAAAACCAUACCCGGUGUACAUCGAGAAGGAAGUAAUCAAGCACGUUGAUCGUCCUGUAACAGUAGAAGUUGAGAAGAAGGUUCCAGUCCCAGUCGUGCACAAAGUCGAAGUACCCAAACCGUACCCAGUCUAUGUGGACAAACCAGUCUAUAUUGAGAAACAUGAGAGCUAUCCUCAUCACCAGGAAGAACAUUAUGUAGAACAUUCAGAAUCCAACUACAUCCAUGAGGAAGCAGAAGAACGGCAGCACAAUGAAGAGCAAUCCCAUCAGGAAGAAAGCGCACAUGAUCAUCAAGAGUAUGCAGAAUCUUCCCCACAAGGUGUUCGAAGUGCAAAUCCUGCUACCAAGCCGGUUGUUGAGAAAUCUGAUAAUCAGCAAAAAUCAUCGUGA